GUCCUUUGGGACCCCACGUUUAUUCGCCAACGGUAGGCACGGUGGUUCCACAAGCUUCUCAACACCAAGUCGCUGACCAUCGACCUGCAUGCGGCUGAAAAGGUCAAGCGGUGGCCCACGUGCGUGCCACUCGACGACAUCCCAUCUCUAGUUGAGGUUGAGGAAGCGGUGCGGGAAAUGACCAACAGAAAGGCCGUCGGGCCGGACGACCUACCGGCUGAGCUGAUCAAGCUUUUCCUCGACGGAGAUCAACAUCUCCUCCGCGAAUUCCACGCCAUUGUCGUGGACGUGUGGCAGACUGGGGAAGUACCACAGCAGUGGAAGGAUGCCACCAUCAAAGUGCUGUUCAAGAAUGGGGACACGAUGGAGUGCGGCAACUACCGGGGCAUCUCUCUCGUCCCACACGCCGGCAAGGGCAUCCUCCCGGAGGAGCAGAGCGGUUUCCGCCCACACCGGUCGACGCUCGACAUACUGUUCGCCAUCCAGCGGCUCCAUGAGCUCGCGAGGAAGAAGAGUACUGCGGUGUUCGCGUGCUUCGUCGACCUCACCAAGGCAUACGAUUCGGUAGACCGAGACCUAUUGUGGGACGUGCUCCGACGCUUCGGCGUGCCCCCGAAGAU